AUGCAACGGCAUGAUGCUGUUAGGGCACAUGAAAUUUAUCGGAAGGCAGGAGAUCAGGCAGAGAGGUUAUCCGAGUUCUUUGAGAUCUGCAGGGGCCUCGAUUUUGGACGAGGGCAGAAGUACAUCAAAAUUGAACGGCCCCCUGCGUCUUUUGUGACAGCCAUGGAAGAGUAUGUGAAGGAGGCUCCACAGACUUUAAUGCUCCCUUGGAAAGUGAACAAUGAUGACAGAGAUUCUACUCCUAAAGCAAUCACUGCUCGUGGAUCUGAUGUGGAGACUGAUCAUAAGCAAGAUAUUGACAUCGUAGAAAAAUCAGAUCCAUCUGUCACAUUGCCUGAGCUCCCAGAGAAUGAGAACUGCAAGGCUGUAGCCGCAGAGCAUGUCACUGACCUGUUGGGCUUGGAUGAGUUAACUCAAGAAGCAUCUGACUUGGAUGAUAAAAAUGCCCUUGCUCUUGCAAUUGCUACCCCUGGUGAUUUGUUUUUCUUGGCCAUUAACAACUUAGAUUCUUUGGAAGUACUCCAUUACUUUUCUUAUUUUAGUAACAAUGUGACAGCAAAUCCAUCUGAUGCCACAAACAGUUCAGAUUUGCCAUGUCAAUCUACUAGUUGGGAGCUUGCACUUGUUACAGCACCAAGCUCUAUCGGGGAUGCAGUUACAGACAGUAAAUUGGUUAGUCUUUCAUGUGCUGUACUCGAGCCCUUAACCUGCUUAGAGGAGCAUACUAUACCAUUUUCACCAUUGUUUUCUGUUCCCGGAUUCGAGCUUAGUUCUAGCAGGGUGGUGCAGAAAGUAGGGCUCCUAGUCCCUUCUUCUUAUCUUGAACCAAGGAUGAAUGCUGCCGGUGGGCUGGACAGAUUAAUACUGGAUACUCUGUAUGAUGAUGCAUUGGCAAGAAAAACAAACCAGAAUGUGACCCACCACACAGGGGAAGUCGCAACCAAUCCUUUUGAGGCUGUUCAACAUACCGGAGACCCUUUUUAUGCUUCAAACAACAUUGCUCCGCCAACUAAUGUGCAGAUGGCAGCUAUGGCAGAACAACAAACUUCAAUGCAACAGCAGCAGCAGCAGCACCAACCCGUGGGGGUCCAGUGUCCAGCUAAUCCCUUUGGAAAUCCUUUCAUGGAACAGGAUGUCACGUCAUAUCCAGCUCAGAGCCCGAGCCCAAGUCUGAGUCCGAUNUGCCAACUAAUGUGCAGAUGGCAGCUAUGGCAGAACAACAAACUUCAAUGCAACAGCAGCAGCAGCAGCACCAACCCAUGGGGGUCCAGUGUCCAGCUAAUCCCUUUGGAAAUCCUUUCACGGAACAGGAUGUCACGUCAUAUCCAGCUCAGAGCCCGAGCCCAAGUCUGA